AUGCAAACACCUCCUUCAUGCAAGAAAUCGAGAACCCCCCGUCCAAGAAAGCAUAAUGCCGAUCGGUUGAGUGUGUUGCCGGACGAUAUCCUGCAACGCGUGUUUUCCUUUCUCGAUUUCCUUGACGUUGUCCGCACAAGCGUGCUCUCCAAACGAUGGAAGUCCAUCUGGAAAUCGGUGCCUUGCCUAAACUUCGACAUGGACUGGCAUUUGAAGCACCUCGACGUCAAUUUGGACAAACGCAGUGACCCGUAUGGAAAAUUCUGGGAUUUCGUCAAGUCCUCUUUGCUCCUGCGGGACAACUCGACAAUCAACAAGAUACAACUCAGCUGUAGCAACACCGUGAUCCAGCAGCUGAAUCUGCUGAUCUGUGUGGCCGGGAGAGAAAAAGUUCCAGAGCUCAUCCUUCUCGGCGGGGAUUACUCGUCUGACGAGCUCGAGUUCCCACGCGGGGCUUGCGAAUCAUUGACAUUUCUAAAACUGCAUUUCCUACAUACUAUUACUUUGCGCGCUGUAGCCGUUUUCAGUAGCAUCGUGAGUCUUUCAAUGAGGGGAGUUUGCAUAACUUGUGAUGCUGCCCAAAAGUUGUUCUCAGGUGGAUGUGUUAAGCUCGAGGAGGUGUACCUUGAGGAUUGCCAGAUAAAGGAUGUAGAGGAGAUUGAUAUAUCAGCUGCUAACCUCAAGAGUGUGACAAUUGUGAACGUUUGCACUUGCAAGGAAUUUUCGGUCGUGGGUUCUUUCGAUUGUAAGCUUAGAAUUUCAUCUCCAAGCUUGGUGUCCUUCUGCUACAUAGGGCCGAUGUUACUAGGUGUUUCAUUGGUGGUUACAGAGUGUUUGGAGAACAUCACGAUCCGCCUUCUUCUACGUGUGCCUAAGGAGUACAACAUUAGCUUUGAGAACCACUUGCUUUCUCCUGCAAACUUUGUUGGACUUAAUUUUGCAAAGACUUUGACGGUGUCCUCUCUUGUUGUCAAGUACUUCUGUCCAAAAUUUAGUGAUUCCUGGGACCCAUUUAUAUUGGACAACGUGAGUCAUCUAGAGUUGGAAAUGAGGUACGGUGCCAGUUUUAUAGAAGGGAUGAUCAGCUUGUUGAGGUUCUCGCCAAACAUUCAAUCUCUUUUCAUCAGACUGAAGGAGGGUAGAAGUUCGCAGGGCAAGUCAAAGAAAGUUGAGAAUAGAGGAUCUUGGGAAUCAAGGGUUGCGGAUAUAGCUUGCUUGACUUACUGUGUCAAAAUCAUUCAAGUUUCGAAUUUAGAUGAUUCAGAGAUUGCACUUGAGUUGAUGAAGUUUUUUCUCCGGAAUGGGAAAGCACUUGAAAAAAUGCAAAUUAUGCACAGGAAUGGAGAGAGGAGGCGGAUGAGUUUCAGCAAGCUCAUAUCACUUCCUAAAGCCUCCCCAAAAGUUGUUAUAUCAUUCCCAGAGUAUGGUGAAAGAAUAAUUCCCUGGUUUGAUAAAGGAGACUCGGAUGCAGAACUUGGUGACUGA